GGGGCCCCCUGCCCGUUCCCGGCGGCCUCCACCUCUCGCGGGUGAGUUCGCGCAGGUGGUCUCAGCCCCUGUCCGGGGACCUGUGCCAAUGACCCUAGUGGUGGUGGUUUCGCUUUCUCCCCUCUCGGCGGUGUGAACCUCCGUCACCUGUGUCUGAAGCGUGAUGGGCAACCAGGUGGAGAAACUGACCCACCUGAGUUAUAGGGAAGUUCCCACAGCCGACCCGACUGGCAUGGACCGGGAUGACGGGCCUCGCAUCGGGGUCUCCUACAUCUUUUCCAAUGACGACGAGGACGUGGAGCCGCAGCCACCACCCCAGGGGCCGGAUGGCGGGGGCUUGCCCAAAGGCGAGGACGGGCCGCCGCUGCCCCUGCCGCAGCCCUACGACCCUCGGCUGCACGAGGUGGAGUGCUCCGUGUUCUACCGCGACGAGUGCAUCUACCAGAAGAGCUUCGCGCCGGGCUCCGCAGCGCUGAGCACCUACACGCCCGAGAACCUCCUCAACAAGUGCAAGCCGGGCGACCUGGUGGAGUUCGUGUCGCAGGCACAGUACCCGCACUGGGCUGUCUACGUGGGCAACUUCCAGGUGGUGCACUUGCACCGGCUGGAGGUGAGCAACAGCUUCCUGACCGACGCCAGCCAGGGCCGGCGCGGCCGCGUGGUGAACGAUCUGUACCGCUACAAGCCGCUCAGCCCCAGCGCCGUGGUGCGCAACGCGCUGGCGCACGUGGGCGCCAAGGAGCGCGAGCUGAGCUGGCGCAACUCCGAGAGCUUCGCCGCCUGGUGCCGCUAUGGCAAGCGCGAGUUCAAGAUCGGCGGCGAGCUGCGCAUCGGCAAGCAGCCCUACCGGCUGCAGAUCCAGCUCUCCGCGCAGCGCAGCCACACGCUGGAGUUCCAGAGCCUGGAGGACCUGAUCAUGGAGAAGCGGCGCAACGACCAGAUAGGGCGCGCAGCCGUGCUGCAGGAGCUCGCCAUGCACCUGCACCCCGCCGAGCCGGAAGAGGGCGACAGCGACACCACGCGAACUAAGCCGCCUCUCGAGCGCCCCCCUGAGCCCUGCUGGGAGGAGGAGGACCAAGAGGCGGUGGUGCACUGAUGGGCGAGCUCAGUGCAGACCUGCCCCCCCUCCCAGUCCUCCAUUGCAACUCCACCGCCUUCUGGGCCCCAUCUGGGCUCCUGGGCAAUUUGGAAAACGGAGAGUUGGUGAAAUGCGCGCGCAGCCAGCUGUGGCUUGAGCUUAUUAUAUUGGACAGAGGAGGAAGAGAGAGCAGGUAGGAAGAACACUUUGAUUGGGGGCACGGCCUGCUCACUCUCAGUCUGUCUUCUUUCUGAGGUGGGACAAACUGUGGACAUGCCUGACACUAAAUCCCUGCUGGACCUGGGUCCAAAAUUGACCCUUGUUAUGCACACGGGUGGAGAAAAGUUCGGAGUAUCAACACCUGCCUUUGCCUCCUACCGACUUCCCUCCCUACCCUGGGGCUUGGAGGAUGCCCUGUACCUAGGCCAGAGUGGGUCUGUGGCCAGCAGAGAGCCGCAUAUAGGCUACUCCUGUGGAGCUGUGUGUGGGAUCCAGGAGGCUGGGUGAUUUAUUUUAUGUGAUUCCUGGGAUGCAAGCCUGGAGAAAAGAGGACCAGGUCUGGGAGCAGCAGAGCGAAACAGCAGCUGCCUGUGAGUGUAACAAAGAGUAAACUUGGGCUACAAAACAAAGAGUUUGCUACCUCCCUCCUCCCCAUCCCCAAGUAAUUCAUCUUAUGGAGCUGACUGAGUCUCCUGCCUCCUCCUGCUCCACCAGCCACUUCCCAGGUUAUAAGUAAAUCAUUGUCAUGGGCCAGCUAGGGGAAGGAUUCAAUUAUGGUUCUGUUUGGCCGCCUUUGUUUCUAGCCUGCUCUUGUAGGCACUUACAGCUGUGUUAUUUGUUAUCAAAGGAGGGAAUAGCCUUUUUUGUCUGAUCUAAUUAAACCUGCAGGGCUGUGUUCAUCCGCAGGUCACUCAUGGGAUUGGCUGAUGCCACUCCAUAAAGUAUCCACUACAGAAGCAGCCAAACAGGUUUUCCUGGUAGGAAUUAGUCACUCCCACUUCCCACCAAACCCCAUUCCUGAACAGUGAAGGUAACCUUUUUAAAACAUAAGGCUUUGAUGGUGGUCCUGUGAAUUUUAAUUUUCUCUCACUGCUCCAUCCCUCUCACUUUUAUUCCGUUGCUGGUAAAAUCAUAGGCCUGAGGCAUAUUUCAAUGAUAAGGUAUUUAUUUGCAUAACCACACUUGAUGCACACUUAAUUCAAGAUGCAAAAUCUUGUUAUAUUUCAGCUGUCUCCUUGGUGCUUGGAGAGCACCCCUUUAGAAUGCUUUCUCAAGAGAGCUAACAGCAAUCACAAAUGCCACCUGGUGUAGUCAGUGCCAAAUCUGGUGACAAUACUAAAGCACAGGUUAGCGAUGUGGGAUCUGUGGGCAGCAGGCUGGCCAAUACUAUUUGGAUCUGCUGCUGAGCUACAGUUUGCUUUACUAUGAGGCUUUAAAAUUUUUUUAUAACCUGUUCCUUGUAUACAUGUGAGCUCUUUAAUGAUUUGUGCCCUAGAUUUCAGAAUGCAUCUCUGCUGCACGUUGGACUGCUAACACUGUUGUAGAAGUUGAGUAAAGUUUUCUUCCUCUUGGGAGUCAUUAGAGAUUAAACUAAACACCUCAUUUUGUGACCUCAUUCUUACAGUUGGAGUAGAAUCAUACUUGAGUGUUCUACAGACGUGGUCAUCCUUAGGCUUCCUGCCUGGAGAUCUCUAAAUCAAGGCAACAAGACUUGAAGGAUUUCCUUGUAUCCUUUUUCCAAACUUGGCAGUUGAGACCAUAAUUUUAAGUCUUCAUAGCACAUCAACAUGACAUCAUUUCAUUACAAGGGCAUUAGCUAUGUUCUCUGUUUUUGCAGAGCUCUCCAGAUAGGUCCUAUCACUUUGUUAAAGAUGAGCUACACUCAGCCUCAGUCUGCAUCUUUGGAGACACAUCAGUCUCCCAUUGCAAAUGUAGAUCUAGUUUAGUAAAUCUCACUGCUUUGCGUUUAUGUUCUUUUGCUUAUGGAAAGCGGAACAAGAGGAACAUGGGUAAAGGCAUUGAAGAGAAUCUACUCUAUCUAACAGUUGGGCUUUCUUUUCUGGUUAACACAGUAAUGAAAGUUGAAAGUAAUGACUGAGGUGUAGACAGCAGGAAGAACUGCAGAACCGUACUGUCCAGCAGCUCUGGGCUAGCCAGCCAGGUCUUUUCCACUCUCCCAUCUGUUCCCCUCCUUUGCCUUCAAAUGGAAAGUGAAUGCCAUUGGUCACACUGAGGUAUAGCGGUGAUUGUCUUGUUGCAAACGAACUGCUUUUUGUGAGAAGUCCCAACAUGAAGAACUCCUUUAAGACCUAAGCCAACAAUCGCAUUCUGCCUCUAGAGAAAAGGUUUUUGAUAACAGGGCUUGAAAAUGAGCUAGAAGAGGAAGUAGAUCUACUGCAGGUACUGUUUUCCCAUGUAAAGCAAGUGUUCUGUACACGGUAUCAGAGAUGUGAAAUGUGUAAUACUUAGCAACAGUGAUGCCAUCGGAAGUCUUUGUAGGGUAAUGAAGCUUCAAGUAAAGCAACCACCAACCAAUGAAGGCGCCAAGAAAGGAGAAUCGAAUCAGUUCUUGGCUCUUUCCUCAACAUGACAGUGUUGUGGAUAAAUGAGUUUUUAAUCCCAGGCAGUGGCUACAUCUGGCACUUUAAAAAUAUAUAUAUAUUUAAUAAUUUUUGUUUCUCCUUAGGAUUAAGACUUUAGAACUAUUUUGUACUGUGAAUUACAGAUGCUCUUUGAAGGAAAGAAAUAUCGGUUCUACUGUUCUUCAUGAGCUCUGGCAGGGAUGAGCAGGACACCCGAGUGGAGCGUGUGCUAAGUGUAAUCAGACAAAUUCUAUUUUCUUACUUGAGCAGCUAUUUUAUUGGAUUGCUUAUGUACGUCCAAGGAGCCCAUGACUUCAGCUACACAACUUUUUGUACUGAAAGAACUCAACUUUUGUAGCUUUUAUUCCACAUUUAAUUUAAAGUAACUUUAUAGCACUAAAUUGCCUAGCAGAAGACUUUACUCCAGACCUGUAAGGAAAUUUUUAGUUUUAUGAAAAAUGACCCUUCAGUGGUUAAACUUCUCAUGUCUUUGGUGCUUCUGGCCCUAAUAGCACUACUAGACACACCACAACCACAAGGAAGCAUAUUUUUGGAAGCAAAACUUUAAUUUUAUAUGACAUAUGCUAUGGAGAGUGAAGAAAAUUUAAAGACUACUUGUUUUCUAUUUUUUUUCUUAACAAAAUGGAAUCCACUGUGUUGAAGACUCUUGAUAUUAUGUGCUUGUCUAACCAUUUUUUAAUAAAUUGGAAUAAAAUCCAAUGUGAUCAUGGUCAUUGAAUGGAUUUGUUUGGAAAGUUAUAUUUUAUUUAUGAAUUUUUUUUUUUAAUCGGGGUAACUGUAAACUUGACUGGCUUAUUCCGCUUUUCAUUGUGUUGUUUUGUUCUUUGCUGUAAUACUUGUAACCCAUGGAGAAUUCCAUUCACCAACACUAUAAUUUCCACAUGUAUUUUAUUUCCCAAUGAAUUCUGUCAACUUUAUUUUUGUUGAAGAUUUGUAUGUUAAAUCCAUGUUAUGUUCUCAUACCACUUCUUGAGAAGGAAGUUCCAAUUUGAAAUUGUAUCAUUUCCUUCAAAAUGAAGGGCAGUGCUUAGUCAAAUAAAAGAUUGAUGACAUCUUUUAAACCA